AUGGAGGCCAACAGAUGCACGGCGUUCUUCAUGGGGCUGGCCAUCCUCCUGGACGUGUUGGGAGUUCUGAUGCUGCUGAUCGGAAUCUUCGCGCCCCUGAGUUACUGGGACUUCUUUGUGUUUUCCGGACCUGUGCUCAUGUUCUUCAGUCUGUUCUUGUGGAUCUUCUGGUACCUCGGGAAUCUGAGGGUGACCGACGAGGAGCUGCGUCUGCACAAGCCCGACAUCCUCUGA